AUCAUCGAUUAAAAUAUACAUAGGAUCGAGUAUUAAAGAACGUGUUAUUUUGUUCGGCUGAACUUUCACUUUUCACGUUUUUUCAUUAAUUUUAACGCGAACAAGAGUUCAGUAUCGAAAAUUAAUUUGUGAAACGUUUUACCCACUAGCAAAACUAUUUUUGAAUUAAUAAUGUACAAAAAAUUAGCUAUACCUGCAUAUUAUCAUCUUAUAAGCACAAUUUUAAGUAGUGCUUUAGCCGUUUCUGUGUUUGAAAAUGAAAUUUCCACGUUUCCACCCCCACCUAAACCCUACGCUUUCGGAUAUGCUGCCGGUAGAUACCCUGGACACAUAGACAGGACUCAUUCUGAGGUAUCUGAUGGAUCCGGGGUAAUCCAAGGUUCUUAUUCCUAUGUAGAUCCGAAAUUUCAAAUUCAUAAAGUUGACUAUAUAGCUGAUGAAAACGGAUUUCAUCCGAUUCUGAAUAGAAAUAUUCCAACUUUGCCUAGAGACACUCCUGCAGUUGCUGCAGCUAAAGAAAAACAUCUUUUACAGUAUUCUAUAAUUGCGGAUGCACAUCAACGAUUACCACAGCGCGCAUUUGCCCCAGUAGAGUCUAAUGCUGUCCAAUAUGCAAAAAAUAAGCAUUUUGAACUAUUUGAAAAAAUUGCACAAGAGCAUGCAAAAAUUGCAGCAGAACGGGAAGCUUUGAAAAGGUCUAAUGAAGAGAAAUAUGACAGAUAAUUAGUUAGUACAUACAUUAAUAUAACCUUCCAGUGAAAGAUAGAUUUACUUUUUACAUAGUGUAUUUGUUAUUAUUGUAGAACUUUUUUAUUACAAAAAAUAAUAAAGGAAUAUAUUUACGUCUAAACUUGAUUGCCAUUAUAAAAAACUUCCCUUCCGAUUUUACAGUGUUGUUUACUUAUUGUAUUCAUUCUAUAUUGCUCACAAUAUAAGUCAAGAAAAUAUUUCAUAGUAAGAUAUGCUCCCUAUUUUAUUUGAAACAAAAAAGUAUAAUAAAACAAGUAUUAUCAAUUACAUUUUCCUGUAACACAAGAAUAACUUUUGUUUAAAAUAAAUAUUAUGACUGACUUAAAUUUCUAAAAAUCAUUUGUCGAUCAUCAUUGAUUAAAAACACUAACAGGAAAAAGUCAAAUAAUAUCUUUGUUUUCAUAUAUUACAGACAUAUAGAGUUAAAUAAUAAUAUUUUCAUUUUUGCAAUUUCGCCACGACUAUUUCCUAUUUGUUAAUAAUAUUAUAGAUAGCGAGAUAUCUUAUAACAUUUUUUAUUGACUCAAACCAUAGAUAAAGGAAACAAGUAUAGAUUGGAAUGCUCGGCUGGCCGCCAAAACUCAUUGUUUUAAAGCGCAUACGUUGUAGGGAAGUUAGUAGGGGGUUCUUGC